UGGAAAGUUUCCAAAGCAUAAAUAAUCCACUCUCGCUACGUCUUUUUAUUCCCUCUGUUUCUCUCUGUUUUAGGACGCUUUGUUUUAGGAAAGAAGUCAGAUCGCAAAAUCUAUCACAGAGAAAAGGCAAAAUAUGGGAUACGGGAGAAAGAAAAUCGAGAUCAGGAAAAUUGAGGAAAUAUCAUCCCGAAACGUCACCUUCACCAAAAGGAGACAAGGGUUAUUUAAGAAAGCUCGGCAAUUGGAAUCGAUGAGCGGAUUCAAAAUUGCGAUUCUCGUCUUCUCGCCGGCCGGAAACCCCUUCUCCUACGGCGAUACUGAGUCUGCAAUGGAAACCCUCUUGAACUCAUACAAUCAUAAUGACUCGAAUGGAUCGAUGUCUGGGUGCCAAACUGAAAUCUUUGCUCACGAUAAGGCCACACUUCUUGAACGACCAGAAGAAACUGAGUGUUGUUCCAGAUCUGAUGAAAUCAAUGUGCCCCGAUUGACUUUAACCGGGGAUUCGAGCGAAAUUCGAAUAGGUAUCGGUGGGGAUGAUUUUGACGAUGAUGAUGUUUGUGGUAGUUUUCAGUCUGCCUCCUGCGUCACAAAACCCUUCACGACAAACUCUGAGGCGAAUACAAGUGGGAAAAUUGAAGGACCUGGGCCAUUAAGGGUUGAUGAUUACGAGUUAAAUUGUUCAGAUCCCUUCAUGAGCUAUUUGAUUGAUGAAGAAACAAACCAUGAAUUUGAAUUUAUGCCUGCAAGAUCAAGCAAUCAAACUGAGCUCGAAUUUGGGGAUGUUCAUUGCAGCAAACUUGCCGUCAGCACAACAGAUCUAGCCAGCACAAGUGCCAAAAAUGAAGAAUUUGGGGCGUUAUCAACCUGUUGUUCUGGGAUUGUUGAUCCUUCAUAUUAUGAGUUGAAUUAUGGAUUGAGUUAUGGAUUGAAUUAUGGAGAUCCCUUGAUGGACAAUUGUUUUAGUGGUGAAAGAAGCCAAGCAUUUGGGUGUAUGACAAACAAUUUUGUGGACAACAGUUUUGGUUUCAAUGGUGCAAUUGCUGCUGUAUAGUGUUGUUUUUGCUGUCAGUUAAGAUUAUUCUUUUUUGGAGUUUAAAUAUUAGGGCAAUAAAUUGUAGUUGGUGAAACUGUGAAGAUGCAAUCACUAUUAGGACAGUUGGAUUCAGUUUUUAGGGAAUGCUGCAGAUGGAUUUAUGUUC